AUGUUGAGAUACCUAGCUAGAAACGGGUCAGCUGGUCACAGGCUUGCUCGAAGGGGAUUCUUGGCCACUGUGCACAGCAGUUACUCCACAACUUCUGAAACAGCAAAGAAGCCAAAAACGUUUCACGACACUGCCGAUGCCAGUGAAGAAUCGCACACGGGUCAGUUUAUCGAAAAGGUUUCCAAACCAUACACUGUCACAACUUAUGCUCGACCAAAUCUUGUGUUAACCCAUGGUAAAGGCUCAUACAUUUACGAUUUAGAAAACCGAAAGUAUAUCGACUUCACUGCUGGAAUCGCCGUUACUUGUUUGGGCCAUUCCAAUGAAGGAGUUACUGAGAUAUUACAAGAUCAGUCUGAAAAAUUGAUUCACUGUUCCAAUUUGUACUACAAUCUACCAGCCGGUGAAUUGGCGAGUAAAUUGAUUCACAAGACAAAAGAGCACAAUGGGUUACAUGAUGCUUCAAAGGUGUUCUUGUGCAAUUCAGGAACUGAGGCGAAUGAAGCUGCAUUGAAGUUUGCUAGAAAGUAUGGGAAACUGAAAGGUGGAGAUUCAAAAGUGGAAUUUAUAACUUUUAGCAACUCCUUUCACGGAAGAUCCAUGGGUGCUUUGUCUGUCACGCCCAACCCUAAGUACCAAGCUCCUUUUGCUCCGUUGAUACCAGGGGUGCACGUUGCUGAGCCAAACAACAUUGAGAGCGUGAAAGAAUUGAUUUCUUCAGAAAAAACUUGUGGUGUUAUCAUUGAACCAAUACAGGGUGAGGGUGGAGUUAAUCUUGUUGAUGAAAACUUUUUGGUUGGGUUGAGAAAGUUGUGCAAUGAGCACGAUGCAUUGCUAAUUUAUGAUGAAAUACAGUGUGGCUUGGGUCGAUCCGGUAAGUUAUGGGCUCACUCGCAUUUGCCUCACGAAGCGCAUCCAGAUAUCGUGACCAUGGCGAAAGCUUUGGGCAAUGGGUUCCCUAUUGGUGCAACCAUGGUUACUGAAAAGGUUGAAAAUGUACUUUCGGUGGGUGAUCAUGGAACCACCUAUGGUGGAAAUCCACUUGGAGCUAGGAUCGGUUCAUAUGUUGUGGAUGAGAUCACAAAAGAGCCAUUCUUGCAAAAAGUGAAUGAAAAGUCGGAAAAGUUUGUCACCAAGUUUAAUCAAAUUGCCGACGCUCAUCCGGAAAAGAUACUAGAAGUUAAAGGUAAAGGUUUGUUGUUGGGAUUACAAUUUGCAGAUGGUGUUGAUAUUAAUAAAAUCGUGGAGAAAUGCAGAGAGAAUGGGUUAUUGAUUAUAACUGCUGGAAUGAACACUAUCAGGUUUGUGCCAGCACUCAAUAUUCCAGAUGAAGCUAUAGACGAUGGUCUUGCUAUUUUGGAACAUUGUAUAGAGCAAUAG